AUGCAAAGGAAUACGUCUUUCCAGAUUAGGAAGUACAUUCAUACACAUAAUUGCAAGCAGUGGCAUUAUGAUAAUAGAAAAAUAACAUCAUCAUUCAUUGCAAGAAAAUACCUCACAGAAAUUAAAUCAAACAGGAAUUGGAGCUUAGUUGAUUUUAGAGAUAGAGUAAGUGUAGAUCUACGAGCUCAUGUAACUUUAUCUCAAGCCAAAAGAGCUAAGAUGUUCGCUAUUGCAUUGAUUGAUGGUGAUAUCAAGGAUCAAUACAAAAUGAUGUGGGAUUAUUGUAUUGAAAUUGAUAGGACAAAUCCAGGUAGUACAAUUCAUAUGAAGUUCACUGAGAAUGAGAUACCGAACAAGCCAUACAGAUUUCAAAGGAUAUACAUCUGUUUUGCUGCUUGUAAGCUAGAUUUCAAGGUAGGAUGCAGAAAAAUAAUAGGCGUGGAUGGUUGUUGGUUGAAGGGUCCAAUGUAUGGGACUCAACUGUUAACUGCUGUUGGAAUUGAUGGUAAUAAUAAUAUAUUUCCCAUUGCCUAUGCAAUUGUUGAGAAAGAAAGUAAAGAGUCGUGGGCUUGGUUUUUGAACUAUUUGACAGCUGAUUUAGAUGUAGAUGAGACUGGUUGGACCUUUAUGUCCGACAAACAAAAAGGUUUUAUUGAAGCUUUUAAUGAGGUUUUGCCAUAUGUCAGUCAUAGAUUUUGUGCGAGACAUCUUCAUAACAAUUUUAAGAGAGCUGGUUUUGGUGGGUUCACAUUAAAAAAAGCAUUUUGGGCAGCUGCAAAGGCUACCACUGUAAAAGAAUUUGAUGCUUGCAUGGUACGUAUAAGAGAGUUAGAUUCAAAUGUUGCCGAUUGGCUCAAUGACAAAGAACCUAGCCAAUGGUCAAGGUCUCAUUUCUCUUCAGAUGCCAAGUGUGAUAUUUUAUUAAAUAACAUUUGUGAAGUGUUUAAUAGCAUGAUCCUUGAUGCUAGAGACAAGCCUAUUGUGACACUUUUGGAGAAAUUGCGAUAUCUUCUCAUGGCUAGAAUGUUAGCUAAUAGGGAGAAAGCGCAUAAAUGGAGUUCGAAUGAUGUUUGUCCAAAGAUUAAGGAUAUUUUGCACAAAAAUCAGACUGCAGCGGGUGAGUAUAUUCCUAGAAAAUCUAAUCAAUGGAAUUAUGAGAUUAUAGGAGCUACUAUUCAUGAUAGUUGGGCUAUUGAUUUGGAGAAUAGAAUAUGUAGUUGUAGAAAAUGGAGUAUCAUGGGAAUUCCUUGCAAUCAUGCUAUUGCAGCAAUUCGGGUGAAGAAGGAUAUCAUUCUUGACUAUGUGGAUGAUUGUUACAAAGUCGAAACAUAUAGAAGAAUCUAUGAGCAUGCAAUUUUUCCGAUAAAUGGGCCACAAAUGUGGGCUAAAUCAACUAAAAUUCCUCCACUGCCUCCAACAAUCGUAGGAAAUAAAAAGAGAGGAAGAAAACAAAAGGCGAGAAGAAAGGAAGCCGAUGAAGUUGGAGCAAGUCGAACAAAGAUGAAAAGAAAGCAACAAUCUCUAGACUGCAGUACAUGCAACAAGCCUGGUCAUAACAAAAAAACUUGCAAAUAUAAUGUUGUGUCACAAGAGACUACUUCAGUUAGUCAAAAACUACCUGUACUACUAUAUCUUAACUAUAUCAUAAUUGGUUUCUUAUUGGAUAAUCUUAAACUAACAGAAUUUAUGAUUCAGGUUAGAAGAGGACAUGAAGAAGCGGGACAAGAAAAAACUAGACAAGAAGGAGCUGGACAAGAAAAAACAGUUGGACGAGAAGAAGUAGUUGAUAUAGAUUCUGGUUGGAUAUACUCUCAACAAACACAAAGUUAA